AUGCGCAAGCUCCUGGGCAAGGCAGCCCCAGACGCCACCAGCGGCGACCUUACCAACAGCCAAGCGAACAUCCCGACUAUAUUUCGUCCCUCAAAGUCUCAGAACGCCGUAUACCCCGUGGGCAGCCCCAUUGCGUGCCUUGAUGUGACCCCGGAUCACCGUGCCGUUGUGCUGGGCGGCCCUCACGUCCUCAAAACGAUAGUGACGGAUACAUCUGGCGAUUCCAGUUUCAGCUUCAAGUUCACCGACGGUGUGGAUUUAAGAUCGGCCAUCACGGCGCAGAAGUCGUCUGGUUCUGGUGGCAAUUUUGUUGCAGAUCAACUCAACAUUCGCGACGUCAAGUGGCAGGGCGCGUCGACGAUAUUUACAGCAUGUGCUGCCGGUAGAAUCUUCGCCUACGACGUGGCUAGGCUUGGCUCUGGUGGUGUAUCCGAUGCCCCCGACUACAUACAAGUCCAGGAAGAUUCUCGACAGGUCCACAGCUUGGAUGUUAAUCCUCAUCUGAAGAGCUGGCUGCUGUCCGGAAGUCAUGAUGGAAUAGUCCGAGUUUUUGACGUGUCCGCGCCGUGGCAGACACGAGCCGGCUUCUUAACUUUUAGACAGCGAUUCUCAGCUAUGAAAAGCAAUGAGCCUGUCAGACAAGUCAAGUGGUCGCCCAAGGUCGGUCAUGAGCUGGCCUGCUGUACGGAAUCCGGAGUUAUCUUGAAAUGGGACGUUCGGCAGCCUUCUCGGCCUUUACUAAGGAUCAACGCUCACGAAAAGUCUUGCUCUGCCAUUGCUUGGCAUUCUGAUGGCAUACAUUUGAUGAGUGCUGGCUGGGAUGCGAAACUACAUGUAUGGGAUUUUGGAGGGACCGCAGACAAGCGACAGAAACCCAAGUGGAGCGUGACUACACCGGCACCAGUGACUACAAUUGCCUGGCGGCCCGGCCUUUGGUCUGCGACUGCUCAGAACCGACGUCUUGCUCAAGUCGCUGUGAGCUAUGACGAGAUGAGCAAUCGACGGUAUGGCACCUCGGUUGUUCACAUCUGGGAUCUGGCGAGGCCCGCAAUGCCGUACAAGGAGAUUGAACGAUUCGACAGUUCGCCGUCGGCACUUGCAUGGCUAGACCAGGACAUGCUCUGGACUGUCGGGCGGGAUGGAAUGUUCAAUCAGUGCGAUGUUGCAUACGCCCCUAAAGUUAUUGAUCGUCAAUCUACUUCUGCUAUGGCAUUUUCAUCUCGGGGAGAUGUAGUCAUGUUCCUUGAUGAACGACCACAACCUCCGCGACCGCAUCCGUCUGUCACUCAUGAUUCAGACGUGAUACCCCGAACUCCGUUCAGCACAAGCCCCAAUACGCCAAUGCUUAGCGUCAGUCGAAGCGACUCAGAAGAAGAUGUUCUGGGCAGCUUUCUAGGGCCUCGCAGACGAACGAUUCGCAAAAGACGUCUUAGCACCAGGUCUGGCUUACCAAUGAGCACCACUCCGCCGUCUUUGCCCAACUUACCUGAUGAUGGGAAGCAAAUUCUUGGCCUAGAGCAGUCCAUCAACGUUACUGGUAUAUUCAAGACCCAACAGGGGAUGGCAUCUGGACAUGUUCCAGCCGCAAAGUCUGUGGGCGUGUACCAUUAUCUUUCCAGUAACUACCUUGAAAUCCUCCAGAAAGAAUUACCUCUGGAUGGCAGUGAAAAUUCACUGAUUCAACGAGUAGCCGGCAUCAUGGAAAAAUAUGCUGUAGCUGCGGAGAACGUUCGACAAUACCGACUAUCACAGACAUGGCGUAUUCUUGCUUAUGCCAUGUCACUCCUGCUGGAGAAACGAGCGGAAUAUCACUUGCGGCUUAGAACGGAGAAAUUCCGUAAGAGGAGCAUUGACGAAGGGAAAGCCAAUAUUAAGAAGACACCUAGCCACCUUCACGUUAGCCGUCUUGCGAAUGGCGAUGACUCGUCACGCAGACCAUCUGGCCAAGCUGGGAGCGUUGACGGACGCCUCUCAAUGGGGAGGUCACUGCUAGCAGAGGAAAUCGAGAGCACCUCUAACGUGCCGACCCCCCUUGUAAGGCCAGUAGGCGAAGGCGCUACUGUUGAAUGGGACGAACGGCACUAUCCCCAUGGAAAGAAACUAACGCCCAUCAUCGAACCCGAAAGCCUCAACUUAGGGCCUUCUGCUCAUGGAUCAUAUCGUCCCAGUCCUCGUCAGCGUCAUGAUUCUGCGCCGAUUUCAGAGAUGAGCCAUGAUAGUGAAGCGUCCAAGACAUCUAUCACAGAGGGAUAUGACUUUUAUGACAUGGAAGCUCUAUCACGGGCCAUCGAUGUGCCAAUGAGGGAGUAUAGUGAAGCCGAAAAGCUUCAACGAGUCAAGGCUAUUCGACAUGAUUCAAACGAUAGUUUUGCUCAAGUGUUUUCUGCUUCUGAUAGCAGUGAUCACACUUCGCCGAGGGGAGAUUUGUCCAAUACCCCAAGCUCUUUGAGGCCCGAGUCAUUGAAAGUCUCGGCAGUUGGGAACGCAAUUGGGGCCAAGUUUGCGACGCAAGCGCAUGAAGAUAGCGAACAGAAGUCUCCGAGGCAAACUCAGAAGCCAUCUAACAGCUCUGCGACAAUGCCGCGGGCAGAUUCGCCAGAAGAGAUGUUCAUGAUCUCUCAGACAACUGCUGCCACAGAUGAUACUUAUCCAUCUCAAAUAUCAUUUGCCUCUCAAACAGAAGACUCAGAAGUCCACCAUGAGGGCUUUGCUGGCCAUCGUCCGACCCCAUCAAAUGAAAUUACAACGGCUCGGCCUAUUAGUCCUGCUCCAGUGGCUACAGCUCCCGAGUAUGACCCAAGCCCUCAUAUCGUCAUUACUGAUUAUCUCCCUUGGCGGGAAGACGGCCCCUAUCCCUUUCCUACUAACUCAUCGGAAUCAAAGUCAUUCAAAACGCCUAGCAUACCUGCUUGCCCACUUGACCCCUAUUCUCUUUUAAAACGCGCCUUGGAAUUCGAAUCACGAACUUCAGCCCUCAACGCCUCUGCAAUGGUGCUUUUACUUAAACCGCUGGUGCCUGAAUCUAUCAUCGACAUCUAUCAAGCAACUGCCAUCUUGCGACAGCACCACUCACGUCUCAUGGGAAUGAGCCUUUUCGUCGAGGCUGCACUCCUGCGAAAUCUUGCGAUCAAAGGUUGGCCUGCUGGCCUGCCCAACUGGGGCGAAAACUAUACCUCCUUAUUCACACCAGCCCAGCAGGGUGUUAAGGCAGGUUUUAUGUGUUCAAAUUGCCGCAAGCCCCGAGAAAUCGACCGCAGCAAUGGGGAUUCAGCAUUUUGGACCUGCGAAAAGUGCCGCCAGGUAGUUACCCCUUGCGCGGUCUGUGGUCAUCGUGAUGCCGAAAUUGCCAGCUCGCUGCCUACCGAAGUUACCGACAUCCCCAGCAAAGAAUCAUGGAUGACGGCGUGGUGGUACUGCCCUAGCUGCUGCCAUGGCGGCCACGCUUCAUGCAUGCAAACUUGGCACGCCGCCCUCCGUCCCUCCGAGAUCACGUCCUCUUCUUCACCAAAUGUCUACAGCGAUGGAUGCUGCCCUGUCGACGGUUGCGGACACGCCUGUCUUCCCGGCAAAUAUAGAGGGGAGACAACAACAGCUCGAGCAGAGGAGCUUGGUCGUUACACGAUGGAUAGCACUCGCAUGCGUGAUGAGUUCGGCAAGACUAGCACUAGCAGGAGAUCCAGCCCCGGACGCUCAGGCCCCAGCAGUAUGACUAUGGAUCGUAGUAUUAGGAGCGAUACCAACGACGUGCCGCAGAGCAAGGCCGUCGGGAUGGCGAGGGAAGCAUUGAACAAGGGCAGUGGCGGAGGCAUUUUGAGUUCCAGCCCCGGACGGACCUUGACUGGCGAAAGAGAGAGGAGGAAGAGCGUCAAGUUUGCGAGAACGGAUCGCUGA